GAUGGACAAAAGGGUUAAUGUCGUGUUACUAUCGCGCGAGUUUAAACUAACAAACAGACCUCAUUCAUCAGGCUUGCCAACAACAAGAUGAACGUUUGUGAAGAAACAAAAUGCGGCUUACGAACAACUCUAAUUGGGAGUAUGCCGAAACCUGAUUAUCUAAAGAUACCUUGCUGGAUAUCUAAUGGCAAAGAAAACCCAAAUUACAUUGCUAACUACAACGAUGUAAAAAAACAAUUUACUUCUGAGCAGUUGCAAGAUCAAGUGGAAAAGGCAAUUAGAGAAACCAUAAAUUUUCAAAGUUCUAUUGGGAUUUCAGUUGGAACGGACGGCGAAAUGGGUCGUAAUCAGUAUGUAUAUAGUUUUUGUCGCAACUUGAAUGGCUUUGAUUUCGAUAAUCUAAAGGAGAAAAUCUGUCGCAAUAAUAGUUGGGUUGGCAAUCUUCCACAAAUUAUUUCCAAACUGUCAUUGAAACCUGAGAAUGAACGAUCAGAUCCUCAAGAGGAAUGGAGAAUGGCCCAAAACAUGUCUUCCAUACCUAUCAAAUACACCAUUCCAGGCCCUUUAACAAUUGCAGAUACUACGGCUAAUGAAUUCUAUGAAGAUGAAGAGGAACUUUCAAGUGAUCUUGUAAAUUGCAUAAACCAUGCAGUGUUAGGAUUAGCGAAGGAAGGCUGUAAGUAUAUUCAGAUUGAUGAGCCUGUGUUGGUGAGAUAUCCAGAAAAAGCUUUAAAAUUUGCAAUAAAGUCAUUGCAAAAAUGUUUUGACGGUGUUCCGGAUGAUGUGACGAAAAUAGUUCAUAUGUGUUGUGGUUAUCCAGUGUAUCUUGACCAAACAGACUACCAGAAAGCAGAUCAAGAUGCUUACAUGAAGGUAGCGGAUGCUUUAGACCAGAUAGGUCUUGACAUGAUUUCAUUGGAGGAUGCUCACAGAAGAAACAGUAUGGAGCUAUUUAAGAAAUUUAAAAACACUACGAUAAUUCUUGGUGUCAUCGAUGUAGUUAAAAGUCGUGUUGAAACUGUUGACGAGAUAAAGAAUCACAUCAAAGAAGUUCUUGAUUACAUUCCCUUGACAAGAUUGGUGAUCGCACCAGAUUGUGGAUUGAUAUUUUUACCACAGGAUAUAUUAGAAAAAAAGUUGAAAAAUAUGGUUGAAGCAGCAAAAUCAUUUUCUAUCGCUGAUUGAGAUUUAUAUAUCACUUAUUUGUCUUAUAUUUCUUUUGUGUAUUAUCGUUCGUUUGAUUGUGUACUAUCGUUCUUUCGAUUGUGUAUUAUCGUUUAUUAUCUCUUGUUAUCACUUAAACAUGUGUAUUAUCGUUUAUUAUCGUUUAUAAAAUUAUAUGUCUUACUUAAAUACAACACCGAACAUACGUCCGCACUGUUAAAAAAAAUUUUUUCUACACACCAGUGUUUCAACAAACAUGAUUUUGGUUUUGUAUUGACGACAAGCGACCUUCUUUUUUCUAAGUUCAUUUUCGCUAUUGCCGAACACUAAUGUUGUCACCUGAUUUAGAAAAAAAAAACUUGUUUCUUUUUAAAUCAAGUUUUUGUCACCCACCAAACUAGGCGCUGUAAGCUCCGCCAAAUUUUCUUUCCACUGAUAUUCUGCCAACAUCUGUUUUCGUAUGGUGCACUCCUGACAUUAUGUGUGGUAUUAAAUGACGGCAUAGCCUCUAUUUCGCGUAUAUGCAUCGCAAAACAACUCGCUUUUUACAAUAUCCUAUUACCGAGCGUGACAGAUUAGUUCUUUAAA